GCUGCUGCAAGGCGUGUCUGGGGCUGAGCUCAUGUGAUGAAGAGAGGGAAAAACAAGGGUGGGGGAGGAGGCAUAGAGGUGGUGGCUUUUUUUUUUUUUAAAGGAGUUUGCAGAGAGCUUGUCGCCUUCAUUCGCAGUCCGGGCUCAUCCCGAGGAGGAGGAGGCAGGUGAAUCCAAGUGGCUUGGGACAUCGGUCCCUAAGGAGCCUGUCUUCCCUCGCUCCCCAGCCGACUGCCGGGAGCCUCCUUGAGAUUGGUGGAAAGCAGAUCGGUGCGGUGUGUGAGUGCGUGCGUGCGGUGUGUUGCGGCUGACCCGAGAAGAACCGCAGUGGAGCCAUGGGCGCGGGGAGCUCAACAGUGACGGCGCCGCCGGGGUCGCCGCAGGAUGCGGCUGAGCCCGGAGAGGCAGGGGCCCCGGUGCUGGAGGAGCAGGAGAACGGCAGCCCCUCUACUGAGGCUGCAGAUGCAGCAGCUGCGCCGGAAUCUCCGGGGGACCGCGCCACGAGCGCAGCCCCAGCAUCCCCCAAGCUUCUACAGAAGAAUGGACAGAUAAGCAGCAUUAAUGGAAUACCAGAAGGACAAGGAGGAGACCCAAAUAAACAGCAGGAAGAAGCAGUUGUCUUAGAUGUUGGACAGAGAGACUCCGAAAACAUGAUUGAAAAAGAUGAUGUGGAUAAUUCUCUGGUAGCUAGGUCAGCAUCUAGUGUGCAGGAUGUUCAGGAGACUGUUCAUGAAAUAAUUGAGCAAAUGCCUUUGUCAGAAGAUAAUAUAGAAGAGUUGGAGCCACCUACAGAAUCUCAAUCUAAUGAUGUUGGAUUUAAGAAGGUGUUUAAGUUUGUUGGCUUUAAAUUUACUGUGAAAAAGGAUAAGAAUGAUAAGUCUGAUCCUGUUGAAUUGCUCACAGUCAAAAAAGAUGAAGAUGAUGGUGUGGAAACGAAUGGAGCUGAUGAGUGUCAAGAUUCUGGUUCAGAAAAUGAAGCAUUACCUAAAGAGACUGAAUCGACCCAGUUAGUUGGGACAGAUGAAGAAAGUCAGAGAGAGAGUGCAGAUCCUGAGGAAGGGAAGAGUUCUGAGGAAGAGAAACAAGAAAAAGGCAACAAAUCUUCUGAACCUGAAAAUAUAUCAUCAUUCAAAAAGUUUUUCAGUCUUGGUUGGGCUGGCUGGAGAAAAAAGACCAGUUUUAGGAAGUCUAAGGAGGAAGAGCCAGAGAUUUCUGAGAAGAAAAAGGAGCAAGGGCUGGGGAAAGGAGAUGUAGUUGAAAUUUAUGAAGGGAAGAAAGAGGACGCUACUGAACAGUUAACUGUUUCUGAACAUCUACCCCCCCAGGAGGCCAUUGACAGUAUAAAAGAUUCCAGUAUGUCUGAGAAUGAAAAAGUACAUAGAUCCCCUGAAGAUCAAGUUCAAGAAGCACAGAUAUCUUAUGAAGAGAAAGUUGCUCCUUUAGCCACAGAGGUGUUUGAUGAGAAGGUAGAGACGGUAGCAGAAGUUCAUGUCAGUACUGUGGAAGAGCAAGAACAAACAGAUCAAAGCUCCAAGGUAGAACAGGCUGUUGGAUCUUUGUUCAUUGCAGCAGCUGAAAUGAAUGCAGAUUUACAGAAAGUUGAAGUGACAGAGAAGCUGGUCAAGACCAGAGAACUGGUCUGUGCCUCCGGAGAUGACUGUGUUAAACUAGUUGAACCAAGUCUUGAACAAUCAGCUUUGUGUCAGCAACAUGAGGGCAUCACAAAUGAGGUAGAAAUAUUGUCCUCACAAGAAAGAGGUAGAUUGCAAGGAAGCCCAUUAAAGAAACUUUUUACUGGUACUGGCUUAAAAAAACUGUCAGGAAAGAAACAUAAGGGAAAAAGAGGAGAUGAUGAAAUAAAGCCAGAGGAAUCAGGGGAGUUUACACAAGUGUCAGAGGAUUCUCCAGAAACUCCAGAGGAACAAAAGGGCGAAAGCUCUGCUUCAUCCCCAGAAGAAUUGGCUGAGGUUACCUCUGUAGAGAAGGAUAUUGUAGAAGCACCACAAGAGGUUGAGAUUGAAGAAGAAGGUACUACUUCAGAUGGAGAGAGAAAGAGAGAAGGUGUUACCCCCUGGGCAUCUUUUAAAAAGAUGGUGACACCCAAGAAACGUGUUAGAAGGCUUUCUGAAAGUGACAAAGAAGAUGAAGUUGAGAAAGUAAAGAGUGCUACACUGUCUUCAACUGAAAGUGCAGUUUCUGAUAAUCAGGAAGAGAUGAAAGGACAUGGGGAUGAUCAGAAGACAGAAGAGCCAAAGCGUAAGGUUGAUACUUCAGUAUCCUGGGAAGCCUUAAUUUGUGUAGGAUCUUCCAAGAAAAGAGCAAGGAAGUCAUCAUCUUCUGAUGAAGAAGGAGGGUCUAAAGUUGUUAGUGGAGAUUCCCAGAAAACAGAAGAUGUAGGAAAAAACAAAGAAUCUGGGACAGAAAUAACACAUCUACAUUCCCACGAAGGUGAUCAAGGGCAGAUAAAUUCUUCCCCUGAGCUAGCUGGAAGCCCGCUUGAAGGUGAGGGAGUUUCCACAUGGGUGUCAUUUAAAAGAUUAGUUACUCCAAGGAAAAAGUCAAAAUCAAAAAUGGAAGAGAGAAAUGAGGAAUCUGUAACUAUUUCUGGCAUAGAACAUUCUGCUUCAGAUAUAGAACCUGUGAAAGAAGAAUCCUGGGUUUCAAUCAAGAAACUCAUUCCUGGUCGAAGAAAGAAAAGGCUAGAUGGGAAACAAGAACAAGUUACUGUUGAAGAAGACCAUACAGGAGUUAAUGAAGAUGAUUCCGAUAUCCCAGCUGUUGUUCCUUUAUCUGAGUAUGAUGCAGCAGAACAAGAGAAAAUUGAAGCCCAACAAGCAAAAACCGCCGAAGCAGCAAAAAUUUCACCUCUGCAAGAGGUGAAAUCUGGACAAGUAGAAGGUCCAGGAACAGAGGAGACUACUGAGGGACUGGUUCAUGCAGUUGGUGUAACUGUCGUAGAGGGGGAAAGGGCGGUUACAAGUAUUGAAGAAAGGUCACCAUCUUGGAUUUCUGCUAAAAUUACAGAACCCGUUGAAGAAGCCACAGAUCAACCGAAACAGCAGACUGAGGAGAUAUUUGAAAAAGAAGUACUUGUUGAAGUACCUGUUACUAAAACCUUGCCAGAUAUAAAGGACACUGGCAGUGACACGAUUGUUAGUGAGCUAGAGUUAACUUCUGAAGCAGUGACAGCUCCAGAAGAGGCAGCAGAAAUGACAGAAGCCUCUUGUGCGGAAGAGACCACUGAAAUGGUUUCUGCAGUUUCACAGUUGACUGACUCUCCUGAUACGACAGAAGAAGCCACACCUGUGCAGGAGGUAGAAGAUGACACGCCGGAUUUAGAAGCUCUUAAGCAACGAACUCAGGAAGUGAUUGAGGCAGUUAUAGAAAAAGUUAAGCAAGCAGGAGAAUCUGAGGUUACUGAAACUCUUGUUUCAGGAGACACAGUUUUAACAGUUCAGAGUCUUGAAACUAAAAUACCAGCGAAAGUGAACGUGAAAGAAGCUGAACAAAGUGGUGAUCACCAAGAGAUCAGCCUAGAAAUUGGAGAAGCAACUGGGUUAGAUGACAGUAAAGUGUUGCAUGCUGAGGUGCAGGAACAGGUACAAGCAGCAAAAUCUGAAGAUGUAACUAUUAAUGAUGGGCAAGAAAUAAUUGUACCUUCAGAAACCUUUAAUAAGUUUAAUGAAGUUGAAAGGAGUAUAGAAGUGAAGGAAUGUAAGUCAUACAAUGGUUUCACAACUUAUCAAGCUGAGACUACAGGUAUUGAAACGUCGCAAAUUCCAAUACAACAGAUAACACCAGUUGAAAUAAGUACAGAUGAAGGUUCUCUUGUGAUACAUUUUGAAGAGACCAGUAUAAAACAGCAAGAAGGCAGUGAUGUUGAUGACUCUGUACCUGCAUUAGGAUCUGAAAUUGUAGAAACAACAGUGGUCGCUGUAUCAACUGAUAAGCCUCCAGAAAGUCCUGGUUUCCAGUCUUCACAGGGGAACAAGGAACAGUCUAAAGUGGAAGAAGUUCCAGUACCUACUGAGGAACAGAUAGUUGGGCAAAUGGGACAGAACCUUUCAGAGACUGAAGUGGUUCAAGAUUCAAGUCCUUUUGUUGAUCAGGAAGUGAAAGAUAGAAUAACUGCAAAAGAACAGGUCUCUUUAGACACAGAAGUGAUGGAGUUACUUGAUCAAACGAAGAUAGACCAAGUUGAACUGAAAGAUGAAAAAGUUACUGAAAAAGACAAAUUAGAAUAUGAAAACAAUUCUGAAAAGGUUGAACUUCAGAUCAGUUCUCACUCAGCUUCAGUGGAGGAAGAAGUCUUGGUUCAGGAAGACUUAGUGUCCUCGGAAAUGCUCAAAGUUCAGAGCUCUGAGGCUCAAGAAGCAUCUUUACCAUUAAGAGCGGCAGCAAUAGCAGAGAAGGCUGUAGCAGAAGCUGUAAAACUUUCAGAAACAGCUGAAAAUUUGGGUUCUGUAGCUGUUGAAUUAGUAACUGAAAAAAUACCCUCUGAAAGUAUGCAAGAUUCUGAUAGUGGUGGGUCAGACCAAGCAGUACUCAUGGAAAAGCAAUCUCUUGCAGGGUCUAUACUUCAAGAAAAAGCAAAAACAGUGGUAUUAUCUGCUAUUACAGAGACUAUCAAAAGCUCUGGCAUCAUGAAAAGACCAGAGGAAGAGUCCCAGAAACUGUCAGAUGCAGCCAGUGUUGAAAUUGUUUCUCAGGAAGUCAAACCAACUCUAACCGCAGUAGAACUUGGAAAGGAUGAAGAUGAUAUUUUGACCAUCAGAACCCAGAGUACCAGAAUUGUACAAAAUGUUAUUCAGACCGCCGUUGAUCAACUUGUUAGUGCCAAAGAUCUAAACUCUCAGACUUUUGCACUUGAUGCAGAGGAGCAGGCUCAGAUAAGAAAAUCUGAAGAGGAGGGUACUCUACAUGAAUCUGAAAGAAAUGAAAGUGAACUGAUAGUACAGUGUGAAAUGGAAUCUGUUACAACUGAAGACUUAGGGCUAGCAGCUGUUGAACAAACUUCAGAUGCACCUGUAAUUUCUGGUAUUUACAAAGAAGCCUCCAUUUCUGAAAGUUCUGAAACGAUAGUGGCCAUUGAGGUACAGAUACCUGAAUUAAAGUUAGGUGAACAGCAGCAUGAAGAAGCAGCACCACAGCUAGAAGAAAAAAAAGAAGCCAUUGAAACAAAGACUGAGCCAAAAAUUGACAGUGCAGCGUCAGGAGAAGUACCUGAUAAGUCAAAACACAUACCUAAAGGAGAAAAUGAAGAUGACAUUGCGAUUGACCGCUCAGAUGAUCCAAAAUUAGUACCAGAGGAAAGUAAUGACCUAUGCAAAGGGUCCAUAGAUUCAAAUGGACCAAAACGGAAGGAAACUGUUGAGGGUCUGGAAUGUCAAGAAAGACUAGUACUUCAGGUAGAAAAAGAAAUUUAUAACCAGUCAGUAGAAGAUACCAAAACACAGACACAAGAGGAGGUACAUAAACAUGAUGAGCCUUGUGAGUCUCCACCAAAAUCAGCACCUAAGGAGUCUUGAGGCAGAAUUUAAUUCAGAAUGUGUGUCGUAGGACCAGAAUGUGAAGAAAGGCGAUGUAAGAAAGUGAAGGCUGCUGUUGAUUAGAUUCAAGACUAAUGUUCCUGAACUGUGAGAACAGAAGAUUAGGUCUUACUACCUGAAGCCAUUCCAAGAGAGCCACUGACAACCCUGAGACAUCAGGAGCUAUACUCAUCAUUCUUUUAUGUUUGGAUGUCAACAUUUCCUCUUUUUGAGACAUUUCUCUUUUUUUCUCUUGAUAACAUGUGAGGUUUCUCAUUUAAUGACCUUAAUUCUGAACCUUGAGAGGAGUUGGAAACAUUUAGUUUCUCAUAUUCCAAAUCUUAGUUUCAAAUGCUUCCAAAACUGGAGUGUAAUUCUUUGUGUAUUUAUAUGUAUAUCUUAAAUAAACCUUGUUCUGUUUUUAUUGUACAUUUUUCUUCACUUACUGGUUAAGGAGAUAUUCUGUCACAUAUUAUAUGGAGUACCAAGUACACAUGACCAUAGUAAAGCACUGUGGAGUUUGGAGCCACAAGAAGACAAUAAGGGAGGCUUCAUUUGCUGCUUUCAUGAGAGUCCUUCCUGGUCCAAAGGUACAAUUCCUACUGAAGACAUCCAUUCAUGUUGAGAUCCCCAUUUGUAUCAUUACUCUGAAAUAGGGGCUUUUUCUACUCAACACAGAGUGAAAAUUUGUAGAACCAUAGCUAGCUUAUUGAUGGAUUUUGCUUUAAGUGCUAGUGAAAGUUGGCAGGAAGUCUCAACAAUUUUCAAAUUCUACAUAUUUUUAGGCCUUCCUUUGUUUCAGAAUGGAUGUUUAGACAUGAGUGUGCUUAAGGACUGAGUAAAAAAUUGUUUUUGAUGUUACUGAGAAAAGAAUGCAUUGCUUUAAGUUUUUGGAUUCUGUUGUUCUUGUAUCCUGGGCCAUAUCCACAUACACACAGCAUGAAGUAAGACAAGUUCUUUAGAAAGUGGUUUUUGAUAGAUAACUACAUUAUGUCUUCUCCAUAUAUAUGCCCACUUGUCUUAACAGUGUUUCAUUAUGUUCAUAUACAUUUGGUAAACUGUGACUUGACAAGUGAUUUAAAUAAAAUAUUUGCUUACACUUAGGUUUGUUGGUCUUAUUAGAAUGUAGGAAAUCUGGGCUAACUUUGUAAAGCAUUUGGAUCAUAUUAAUCAAAACAGGCUUGAACUACUAACCUCUGUAUCAAAGGGGAUCACACCACCACUUUAAAAGACAGCUGUCUUAGAGAAGGCUGGACUGCAUAUUAGAAACCUCUGUUCAGUGGCAGUUCUUUUUCUUUAGGAGGUCUUUAACAUUGGCAAAGACUAGCCACAUACUGAGCUGUCAUUAUUGGUGCAAUUCUACCAUCUGGUGGUGAUUUCUUGAAAGUCAGUUUUCUGGGGCACAGUAACAUCUUCACUUAAGAAUUGCCUAAUAUUUAAAAACCAAAUGGGUUAUUCUGGGAAGGAAUUUUAAGAAGCCUCAUAAAUAAAAUGUCAGAAUACUUCCAAUUAUGAUUUUUCAUGCAAAUUAGCCUGAAAGCUUCAAACAUGGGAGGCCUUUGUCAUAAUGUAAUUGUCACAUGUAAUAUCUUCCUAUUUUUGUAUCUGUGUAGUGUUUUCAUUUUCCAAGUUACUGUCUAAUAUGAACAUUAAAUACUUAGUAGUUGGAGAGCUAAGACCUGCAAAUCCAUUGGGCCAAAAAGUCUCUCCUUAUGGAAUUUACUGCUAAAGUUUGUUACUUCUAAAACUGGAAGCUAUUUUCUUCGCUGUUGUGAGCAAGCAUGGCUACUCAAGAAAAAUUAGCCACAAAAUUUUGCUAUUCACCCUAAGGCACUUCAUACUAAACAAUGUAUAAUGGCCUUUAAUAUAUUCAAGGAGAUAUAACUUUGUAAGAAGCUGUAUGGAAUAGUGGGUAGAAGGUUGGCCUGGAGUUAAGAAGAUCUGAGUUUCAGUCCUACCCUAUAUAUUGCUUCUAUGACCCUGGGUAAAUCACUGUAACCUCUUAGUGCUUUAGCCACCCCUUUAAGAUCAUAAAUUGCAGAGAAGGGACUUGCCCACAUUGGUAGAGGGAAUUUCCUAACUUAGGAAUUUACUAUACCAAUGAAACAAAAAAAAAUUCCAUUUGCUUGCUUUUGUCAGAAAAAGACAAUGUUAUUAGAACUGGUAUUAUAUCAUAGUCCUAAAUAUUGACUAUAUGUAUUCCUCCUUUCUAAAAUAGAAGUAGAAGCUCUUUGCUCUACUCAAACAUGAAUAUGGAAUUGCCUAACUCAUGCAAAAUCGUAAAAUAGUUUCAUUUUUUAAGUAAACACCUUUGUUCCAUGUUUUCUUCCUGAUUGCCUCAACUUUGGAAGAUUGCAGUCAUCAAAACUCAUUCUCCAGAAGUCAUAUUAAUUGCUUUGUGUUUUUUUUGUACCAAUAUCUGAAUGUGUCAUGGGACGUUUUUUAAAAUAAAUAUUGUAUACCCAUAUCUGCUAAGCCAUAUUGUUAAAGCUACAGCAGGUAAAAAUGAACAUCAGUAGCAUGAGCUGCAAUUUUGAUAGAAUUUUUAAAGCUGCUGUUAAUGUGUAAAAUAAACCUUGUUUAGACCUCAAUGCUAGCAUUAGCUAAUGUAAAUUGUAGGAACUGGGGAGCAAGUGCCUAACCUUGCUUUUAUAUAUACAUAUAUAUCAACACGAAUACUUGUACAUUAGAAAGUGCAACUAAUUGUAAACUCGAGACAUUUCUCGUUACUGAGGACUAUGAAAUAGUGUCCUGAUAUUAUUUUAUUAAUGGUACAAAUUAGAUGACUCUGUAACAGAUAGUUUGUUCCAAUAUAUUGCCUUGAUCUCUGGAACUACACCGUAUUCAGUUGAGGGCUGUUAACUUUAACUUGGGUUUAAGCUUCAAGCUUUGCAGAUUCCUCUAUUCCAAGGCAUUGGAUUACAAAGUAUUUGAUUAGUUUUGUUUUUUAGGAUAGAUUUUCAUUUAUCAAUAAAAUACAAUCAAAUGGUA